AUGGAGGACGGGUUCGUCGAUCAAUACUCCGCCAACACCGAUGCAGGUAUUGGCACAGUGCACAGCUGCCGCUAUUCAAAACAAAAGAAGCCAGUGCAGAACAACGACUUCCUAUCGUGCUCAACAUGUAUUAACAAUGGUCCUAUAAAGGUGUAUGGAAUCUUCUCUGGAUUCAAUGGAGGUGAUUACACUGCGAAGUUUGUCAUGAACAGAUUAGUUUAUGAGCUAUUCCAAGAAAAUCCUAUAUCUCCAAACCUUCUACCCUUUCAAGUUUGCGAGGAAUUCCGAAGAAAAUUUGAAAACACUGCGGAAAGAUAUUUACUAUCAAGCGCAGAUGCUCUAAAUGAGCGUUUACUAAAAUUGGAGGACCAGUCAGAAGGCGGGAAGAACGCAGUGUCGAGAAUAAAUCAAAAGAUACGACAAGGAACCACUGCACUAGUUGUCAUGAUCAUUAACCAAGACCUUUACGUGCUAAACUGCGGCAGUUCUUUAGCACUUGCAAUGAAUAGUGAAAACGAAGUGAUUCAACUCAAUACAAACCUACAUAAUAACGACAACCCGAAUGAAAUUCAAAGGAUAAAAUCACUUGGAAUAGAUCCGGAUACUGUUCUAUCCCCCACAAGAGCAAUAGGUGAUUUGAAAAGAACACAUUUGUUUGAGGAGACCGAAGCGUUCAAAAAUGCAAAAGGACCACCUGUUAUAUCGACGCCGGAUGUGCAAUAUUUCAGGAUUGAUCCUUCAUGGCGGCACAUAGUUCUACUAUCCGAUGGAGUGGUACAAAAUCUAAAGGAAGUAGAAGUGGAGAAUAUAGCGACAGAAGUAUCUGUCCGAUUGAUUGAGGACCACACUUUGACAAGUACAGCGCAGGCGUUAGCUGACUCGUUUGCAAGAAAACAUCUUGAUGCUUUCAUAACGAUGACUGACGACAAUUGUGUCAUCAGCAACCACCGCGAAGAGAUGACCGUGAUCUAUGUGAAACUUCCAGAAGUGAAUGCACCUGCAGAACUCUAUGAAACAGUAGACUCUGCUUUCUCCACAAUGGAAUCCACCAACACUACAAUGUUCGAACCUUGCUCUAUACCUUACGUGGAUGCAGUCGGAUUCCAUUCUGGUCGUAAUUAUGACAAAAUGAGAAAGUUUAUAUUGAUGUCGAAAGCUCCGAAGUAA